AUGGCCAUCCCUCUGCUGACGCAGCCCUGCAUCUUCCCGGCUGCCCGAACACCUCUUGCUCUCUCUCUCUCCAUCCCUCCCCCUUCUGCCCCCGUACCUCACCCGUCUGCCUCUUACUCCCUCUCCCCCUUCCUCUUCCGUCUCUCCCUCCGUCCAUCUGAUUGUCAGUUCGUCCCUGCUGACUCUGGCCUCGAUUCCGCAACAGGAUCCUCUUUUCUGGGGAAGUGGCUCAACGUACCCCUGUCCACAGUGCCUCUGUGUAGUGCUGUGGUGGAUGUUGCUAUCCAGGAUUAUGUGGCUGACGUGGCCUCCGAACUCAUCUACCAGAACAAAAGUCAGGUCUCCACAGAAGUCCUCUUCGUCUUCCCCCUGGGCCCCCACAUGGCCAUCUACUCCUUCCAGGCCUGCAGUGAGGAUGCCAAGGUCCAGGCCAUGCUGCGGGAUGAGGCCCAGCAGCUGCAUGAGGCUACAGGGCGCUGGGAGGAUCUGGAAUACCUUCAGGAUCAGACUCAUUAUCCGGGUGAGGUGUUUGCCUGCUUUCUGGGCACCCUGCCCCCUGGCAGGGAGCUGGUCGUGACUUUGCACUAUGUCCAAGAGCUGCCACGGGAUCCAGAUGGAGCAGCCCAUUUUGUGCUGCCAUCCACACUGCAUCCCUGCACAACACACUAUGCCCAGAAUUGUCUCGCCAGCAAGCUGCCCUACAGCCUGCUGCUCACUGCUAGCCUGCAGUCAUCCCGUGGAGUGGCCAAUGUCCAGGCCAACUUCGCCCUCACCCCUUUGAUCUACACUGCCCGGGACCGCAGCACUGCACAGGUCUCACUGGCUGGCAGCCCCCCAGGUAGGGACGAUUUGGAGCUGCUGGUGUAUUUUGGAGAACCCACUGCAGUCAGUGCUGUGGUGGAGAAAGGAGACCCUGGAGCCCCUCCAGGCUCCCUGCUUGGUGACCCCAUGGUGUUGGUGAUGCUGGCACCCAGUAUCCCUGAGGCAGUGCCUGGGCAGCGCCUGUCUGGAGAGUUCAUCUUCCUCCUGGACACUACUUUUCUUGAGCAUGCACAGGACUCCCUGCUCUUCCUUCUCAAAAGCCUGCCCCUGGGCUGCUACUUCAACAUCUACUGCUAUGGAGAAAGCUCUGUGGGCAUCUACCCGCAAAGUGUUGAAUAUACUCAGGACAACCUGACCGAGGCCAUGCGUCGCAUCCCCUCCACCGGCUCCAGUCUGGGUGACACCAACCUGCUGGGAACCCUCCGCUCCAUCUACAAUACCUCCCGCCCCCGCGGACAUACGCGCCAGCUCUUCAUCUUCAUGGCCGGGUCACCCCCCGACAAGGAAGCCAUCGUAGCUGAGGUCUGCCGCCACCGCAACAGCCACCGGUGUCACUCCUUCUGCUUCUCUGAGGACAGCGCUGCCUUAGCUAUAACCCUGGCCAGGGAGACGGGAGGUGAAGCUACCUACAUCUCCUCUGGCAACAGCGUAUUUGAGGUGUUGAAGUGCCUGAAGCAGGCCCUCAAGCUAGCAGCUGAGGAAGUCUCUCUGAGCUGGACCCUGCCCUGUGGCCUGGAGGUUGAGGUGCUGGGGGGCACCCCUCAGUCCAUCUUUCAGGGUCAACACAGCCUUCUCUAUGCCCAGAUCCACGGACAGGCACAGGAUACAACGGUGGCCAAGGGGGUCAUGACCUUGAAGUACAGCCUGGACGGCCAGGAUGUCAGCCACACGAUUGAAUUCCCACUGUGCCCACAGGGAGAUGGCCGGCUGGCUGGGCAUCGCCUGGCCGCGAGAUGCUUGCUGAAGAGGUUGUUGCCAGAGGCUGUGAGCGGGUCAGGGGAUGAACCCAGGCGUCGUGCAGUCGAGAUCAGCCUUGCUUCGGGGAUCAUCUGCCCCUUUACCAGCUAUGCGGGGGUUCGCACAUCACAGAGGGUCGCCUGGUACCGAGGGCCCCUGGCACUGUUGCCACCCCGCCAGUCACUCAUCCCCUGCCAGACCAUUGAGCUUCGUGGCUCCAUUAUGAGCAGUUCCUGCCGUCAUAAGGCAAUCUGGGUCCCACAUCGCUGGCUGACAGCAGUGUGUGCAUCAUGGCUUGCCCUCCGUCGACUCACCCAUGGCAUUGCUCACCUGUCCCAGCAGGGGGCUUGCUCAAAAGCAUGUAAACCACCACCACCACCUAUUUCUUCUCUCAAGCAUGUGAAUCACCUGGAAUUUGUUCUGUGGUCUCAAGAUACUGUGUUUUGGCCCGCCAAAAGCAUUGCUGAGUGCCAGGAGCUGGUGGCACUGCAGAAUGUAGAUGGCUCCUGGGCCCUCAGCUCAGGCCUGGCCUCUGUGCUGGAAGUCGAUGAGGCUGAAAUCAAGGGAAAGAUGCCUGCUGAGGUCCUGGAGCCAAGCAUCUGGGCCACAGUGCUGGCUGUGACUUGGCUGAACAGAAAUGGCAAGUGUUACCAAGACCUCUGUGGGCUGCUGGAGGCCAAGGCUGUGACCUGGCUAUGCAGCCGAGCUGUGUCCCAGCUGGACAAGUGCCUGGAGGCAGCCAACACUCUCCUUGGGAGCACCGUGGAGCCAAGCGUCUUCAGGCUCUGA